CGGAGUACACCUUUGAACAAAACAAAAAAAUUACUCAGUAAUGCCUCAAGAAAGAAAGUCUGAUUGUCCCUAACUUUAAAGAAAUCAGCUAGAUCUUCAACUUCCCCACCUUACCAAACAAUCCCCCCUCUCGUUCUCUCUCCUCAAGUUGGCACUCAACUUUUCAAUCGAUCAACCUAGGGUUUUAACUCUGAAUAAUCCUCAAAUUCCUCUGCGAAUUCCAAUCAAAUGAACUAGGGUUUCUUCAAAGGACAUAAAAAUGGUGGCAAAUCAGCAAGAACUAAUCAGCAAUUACUUCCUUGAGCAAGCGAAACUCAACGCAUCUUCAAUCACAGAAAAUGGCAAUGAAAACGAGGAUCUUCCGACGGAAUUGAACACCAUUAAUAGCUCUGGCGGCUUCUUGGUGGUGUCAACUGACAAGCUUUCGGUUCAAUACACGAGUGUCAAUUUGCACGGCCACGAUGUCGGUGUUAUUCAAGCGAAUUACCCUGCUCCGGUGAAGCAACUCUCGUAUUACUUCGAAAUGACGGUGAUGAACGCUGGUACUAAAGGUCAGAUUGCUAUUGGUUUCACCAAUGAAAGCUUCAAAAUGCGCCGACAACCCGGGUGGGAAGCUAACAGUUAUGGUUAUCACGGAGAUGAUGGACUACUGUAUCGUGGUAAUGGAAAAGGAGAAACAUUUGGCCCAACUUUCACUACUGGUGAUAUAGUUGGUGGAGGGAUCAAUUAUACUUCUCAAGAAAUCUUUUUCACCAAAAAUGGGAUCGUAGUGGGAACGGUGUACAAAGAUGUGAAGAGUCAGUUGUUUCCUACAAUAGCUGUUCACAGCCAGAAUGAAGAGGUUAGUGUGAACUUCGGGAAGGAACCAUUUCUUUUUGAUGCCAAGGCUUAUGAUGCACAAGAAAGGAUGAAGCAGCAAAACAUUAUCGAAAAGAUUCCUCUGCCACAGAAUGUUAGCUAUGAAAUGGUCCGCUCGUACUUGCUACAUUAUGGCUAUGAAGACACACUUAAUGUGUUCGACAUGGCUACUAGUAAUUCUGUUCCUCCCAUUCGUAUAUCUCAACAAAAUGGAUUCGCUGAGCAAGACAACACAUAUGCACUCAGCCAGAGGAAGACCCUUCGUCAGUUGAUAAGGAUGGGGAAGAUUGAUGCUGCGCUUGGUAAACUCCGUGACUGGUAUCCUCAAAUUAUCCUGGAAGACAACUCUCCCAUUUGCUUUCUGCUUCAUUCUCAGAAAUUCAUAGAACUGGUUCGGGUUGGGAAGCUGGAAGAUGCUGUUAAAUACGGAAGGGUAGAGCUGGCCAAAUUUUUUGGUCUAGAAGAAUAUAAGGAACUCGUUCAGGAAUGUGUUGCCUUGUUGGCCUAUGAAGAACCCUUGAAGUCACCAGUUGGAUAUCUUCUGGGAGAAUCACAACGAGAAGUUGUUGCUGACGCAGUGAAUGCAAUGAUCUUGUCAACUAAUCCUAAUCUGAAAGAUCCGUUGGGCUGCUUGCAUUCACAGCUUGAAAGUUUGCUAAGGCAGCUAACUGCUUGCUGCUUGGAAAAGCGGUCUUUAAAUGGAGAUCAAGGUGAAGCUUUUCAUCUGCAUCGAGUGUUACACAGUGGCAAACAUUAGAUUUAGGAAUAAAAGAUUGUUGUUUAUAGACUCAAGAAUCCCAAUGCUAAUGGGUACUGCAAGUGUGAUUUUGGAAUUGGCAUUUGGAACAGAAAAAAUGAACAGAAGUUUAUACAUCUUGUUGAAUUUCACAAUUUAAUGUACGGAGUAGAAGGCAAAUUUGUAAUGAAAUAAUAAUCUUUUACUUCUGA